UCGAACUGCGUUACGUAAGCGCAAUGGUGCCGGUCAAGUCCGCCAAGGAGUACGGCCUCAUCCAGAACGUCAUCGCACUGUUCUCUGAGACCGUGCAGAGGGCGUUGCGGUUGGGUCUGCUCAGCCAGGAGCAGCUGGACCUGUACGACCCGGCGCUCAUGUUCACCAUCCCGCGGCUGGCCAUCGUCGCCGGCCUGGUCAUCUACCCGGACGGGCCUCUGCGGCUGGACCAGGACAUCGCCGACAUCUCGGAACUCUUCCGGCCGUUCAAGAACCUGCUGUGCAAGAUCCGCGAGUUGCUCUGGACGCUGAGCAAGGCCGAGCUGUACGCGCUGGAGAAGGCGCUGUGCUCGGUGGACGAGCCGAUCGCCACGGUGGCGGCCGAGGCGCCCAGCGCGCCCGACGCCUACCCCAUGCCCGACAUCGACGCCUUCGUGGCCGAGUUCUACGCCGGCGGCCGGGUCGGCCGAGUGCCCGUCAUCGCUUGCGAUUACGGCAGCCGGCUGGACCAGCGCCGGGACGUGGAGCGGGCUGUGGGCGCCAUCCUGGAGGACCUGGUGGGUCUGGCCGUGGCCGAGGCCGAGCGGCGCGCCGAGGCCGAGCCCCCGCCGCCGCCGCCUCCCCCGUCGCCGCCGCCGCCGGCGCAGCCUGCCCGGCCUCACGGCCGCUACCGCAAGAAGAAGCUGACGCGUGCCUGCGCGGGCUCCGGCGGCCUGCUCUACCAACACAACCACUGCGACCGGACGCCGGCUGGCGCGUCGACGCCGGCGGAGCACGGCCAGCCGUCGUCGCCGUCGUCCUCGACGUCGAGCGACGAGGACCGCGCCGGCCGGAGCGACGACCGCGAGAUCGCGCUGGCCAUCCAGGCGGCCGAGAUUGCCACCCGCAACCGCGCCCGCGCCCGCUUCAAGGACAGCCAGGAUCUGAUCCACCGGCUGUUCGUGUGUAUCUCGGGCGUGGCCGAUCAGCUGCAGACCAACUUUGCCUCCGACCUGCGCAAUAUCCUCAAGGCCGUCUUCCAGAUCAAUGCUACGCCCGAGGAGUCGUCCAGUGGCGAGCUGAGCCCGUCGUGCGGCUCGGUGGACUCGGCCGAGGAGGCCCUCUCGACGGACACUGUCAUCGACGUGGUGGAGGUGGGCGGCGAGCCACCGCCGCCGCCGCCACCACCGCCCCCGCUGCUCUCCGAGGAGUCGCACCUGGCCAGCAACAUGCGUGUGGUCGGCGAUCACAUGGAGGCCGAGGUGCUGGUGCACGGUAGCAUCGGCAUCAGCGGCGAGGCCGGCCUGGUGCAGCAGGUUGGCGGCGUGCUGCCGCUGCCGCAGUACGGACACGUCAGCGCCGUGCGCGUGUGCGAUGAGUGCCUGGCGGCCGAGACGCAGACCUGA